AUUCUGAGGUUGAGCAAGUCAACCAUCUAAAAAGUUAUUCAAAAAAUAUAGACAAAGAUACUCUUAAUCGCAUUGUUUCAAUAAAACAUAUUAGUUGAGUUCAAAAUAUUUGGUGAAAUACUCUCAAUCUAGAACCAGAGGCAAGCCUUCAAAAUGAACAGAAAAAGCCUUCUGUUUACCUUUAAGCCCUUCUAUUGUCCCCUGUUUUAUUCAUACAUGACCCUUUUUUAUCUUCUUACCACAACCACUCUAUGCUCUAUAGACACAAAAUUUGAAGCUUGUGAACCCAAAACAUGUGGCAACCAAAGUAUAAGCUACCCUUUCUAUAUCAAAGGAUUACAACAACCCUAUUGUGGUUACCCUGGUUUCGGUCUCUCUUGUGACAAUAAUAUUGGUUCCCCAAUCCUCAAUCUUUCUAACACAAAACACAUAAUCGACCAAAUUUUCUAUGAAAACCAAUCAUUAAGAGUGUCCAACAAUGCUGUUAUUUCAGGAUCAGAAGGUUGUUUUUAUCCUAACCAGAACCUAACUAUUCCCAAGGAUAUAUUCUACCUUGCUCCCAAUCAAAGUGAAGUCAUAUUGUUCUUUGGAUGUGACUCAACAAAGCUGCCCAGAGAGCUGCAAGGGAACACAAUUGGUUGUUCAGCUGAAAACAAAACGAGUUCGGUUGUGGCAAUAUACGAGGGUUAUAAAAAUGCAAGCUUUGUGUCAAAAAAUUGCACGGGUAAGGUGGUGAAUGUAACGGUGGAAAAUGAUGUGAAAGGAGGGAUUGAAGAGAAGCUGGGUAAAGGGUUCCGGUUGAAUUGGAUUGCCAGUGACUGUUCCGAUUGCAGCAGCAGUGGAGGAAGGUGUGGCUUCGAUUCAACUUUAUACAUUUUCAGAUGUUACUGCACCGACAGAGUUCAUUCUGCAAAAUGUAAUACAGCAGUAGCAGCCGGUGGGAAGUCUACAAUGACAAUAGUUGGCUCGGUGGCUGGAGUUGCAUUUGCCUUGCUGAUUAUCUUAGUUUGUUGGUUUAGGACAAAGAUCUUCCCUCCCACAUUUCUUUUGUUAAGGAAAGACAGUCCAACACAUGAAAUUAUUGAGAAGUUUUUGAAGGAACAUGGACCUCUUCCAGCUGCUAGGUACACUUAUUCAGAUGUCAAGAAAAUAACAAACUCUUUCAAAAACAAAUUAGGUCAGGGAGGAUACGGAAGUGUAUACAAAGGGAAGUUAAAUGAUCAGCGGAUUGUUGCAGUGAAGGUUUUAAGUGAGUCAAAAGGUGAUGGUGAAGAUUUCAUCAAUGAAGUUGCAAGUAUUAGUAGAACUUCACAUGUCAACGUUGUUAGACUUUUGGGGUUCUGUCUGGAUGGUUCUAAAAAGGCACUAAUAUAUGAGUUUAUGCCAAAUGGAUCUCUUGAGAAGUUCAUAUACGAAGAGAAAAAUCCAUUGAAGGAUGAUCGCCAAUUGGAUUGCAAAAUAUUGUAUGAUAUUGCAGUUGGUGUUGCUCAUGGAUUGGAGUACUUGCACAGAGGCUGCAACACUAGAAUCUUACAUUUUGACAUAAAACCUCAUAAUAUAUUACUUGAUGACGAUUUCUGCCCUAAAAUUUCAGAUUUUGGACUUGCUAAAAUAUGUCCAAGAAAAGAAAGUAUUGUAUCCAUAUUUGGCGCAAGGGGAACACCAGGAUAUAUUGCUCCAGAGUUGUUCUCCAGAAAUUUUGGUGGGGUGUCACAUAAAUCAGAUGUUUAUAGUUAUGGAAUGAUGGUUUUAGAAAUGGUUGGCCGAAGAAAGAACAUUAAGGUCGAAGUUGAUUGUUCUAGUGAGUUAUAUUUUCCACAUUGGAUUUACAAGCGUCUUGAAUUGAAUCAGGAUCUUGGACUCAGGUGUGUUAAAAAUGAAAUUGAGGAAGAAAUGGUAAGAAAAAUGACAGUGGUGAGUUUAUGGUGCAUACAAACAGACCCUUCGCAUCGACCGGCAAUGCAUAAAGUGGUGGAAAUGCUGGAAGGGAGCCUUCAAUUGUUGGAAAUACCACCCAAACCAUUUUUGUCUUCUCCUUCAAUAUCACCUAAUGAUCUAUCAUCUGAAAUAUUGGUUAGUAGUGAAGUAUUGUCUGGUUUGCCAUGUCCAAGGCAACUAAGCAGCUCAUACAUGAAAUUGUAUGGAAGCGGAUACACAUAUAACUGUCCGCACUCAUUCAGUUGUGGAGCUCGUGGGGUUUUCCGUUACCCUUUCACCAAGGCAGAACAACUAGACUGUGGCUCCAUACUCAUACAUGGCUGUGAUGACAGCUAUUAUUCACCCAAAAUGAUCCAACUGGAGAAGAAUGCAAAAAAAAUUGAGCUAACUAGCAUCAUUGACCAGAAUACCAUUACAGUUUCUGAUCAAGAAUUUUACAAGCGUUUGCAAGAUAAUCUUUGUGAUACUUUGAAACAAAACUACACUCUUCCUCCUGCUUCUCCAUUUGUUUCUUUUUAUAUAAAUAAUAAUGUAACUCUUUUCCUAUGCAAUCGCAGCCAUAAUAUCAAUCCUCCAGCACAGUAUUUUAAACACAACUGUUCUUCCUUUUCCUACGACAUCUAUUAUAACAGGAAGCCGUAUCUCAAUGUUACUAAUGAGAAGGCAGAUAGCUUUUUCUCAUCCUGCUCGGUUCUUCAGUUUCCAUCUAAAGACUUGACUGAUACCAGACACAUUUUAUCAUUUGUUUCUGCUCAAAUGUACAAUUCUACAGCAGCCAUGGUGAUUGUUGGAGUUGCAGUGCUGAUAAUGUUGGGUUACUGCAUUAGAACGAAGAUCUUCACUCCAGCAUUUCCUUUGCUCAGGAAGGAGAAUACAACUCAUCAAAUUAUUGAGAUGUUUUUGAAGGAACAAGGACCGCUUCUUGCUGCUAGGUACAGUUAUUCAGAAGUCAAGAAAAUAACCAACUCUUUUAGAGACAAAUUAGGUCAGGGAGGAUACGGAAGUGUAUACAAAGGGAAGUUACGUGAUCAGCGGAUUAUUGCAGUGAAGGUUUUAAGUGGGUCAAAAGGUGAUGGCGAAGAUUUCAUCAAUGAAGUUGCAAGUAUUAGUAGAACUUCACAUGUCAACGUUGUUAGACUUUUGGGGUUUUGUCUGGAUGGUUCUAAAAAGGCACUAAUAUAUGAGUUUAUGCCAAAUGGAUCUCUUGAGAAGUUCAUAUACGAAGAGAAAAAUCCAUUGAAGGAUGAUCGCCAAUUGGAUUGCAAAAUAUUGUAUGAUAUUGCAGUUGGUGUUGCUCAUGGAUUGGAGUACUUGCACAGAGGCUGCAACACUAGAAUCUUACAUUUUGACAUAAAACCUCAUAAUAUAUUACUUGAUGACGAUUUCUGCCCUAAAAUUUCAGAUUUUGGACUUGCUAAAAUAUGUCCAAGAAAAGAAAGUAUUGUAUCCAUAUUUGGCGCAAGGGGAACACCAGGAUAUAUUGCUCCAGAGUUGUUCUCUAGACAUUUUGGUGGGGUGUCACAUAAAUCAGAUGUCUACAGCUAUGGCAUGAUGGUUUUAGAAAUGGUUGGUCGAAGAAAGAACAUUAAGGUUGAAGUUGAUUGUUCUAGCGAGUUAUAUUUUCCACACUGGAUUUACAAGCGUCUUGAAUUGAAUCAGGAUCUUGGACUCAAGUGUAUUAAAAAUGAAAUUGAUGAAGAAAUGGUCAGAAAAAUGACAAUGGUGAGUUUAUGGUACAUACAAACUGACCCUUCACAUCGACCAGCAAUGAAUAAAGUGGUGGAAAUGUUGGAAGGGAGCCUUCAAAUGUUGGAAAUACCACCAAAACCCUUUUUAUCUUCUCCUUCCACAUCUUCACUCCAUUUAUCAUCUGAAACAUUGUGAUUUAUAUGGAUAUUAAGAUGCAAUGCAGAGUAUGUACCACUAGAAAAGAAUGUCAUGAUAAUUUAAAGGGUUAAUAAUGUUUUUCACCCCUGUAAUAUAUGUCAUUUUUGGUUUUCGCCCCUAUAAAAUUU